GCUUUGGUUGGUUCGCACGGCGCAUGCUGGCGAGUGCAGUGUCCGAGCUGUGUUCGCACUGCUGCGUUCUCGACGCCGGCAUUGGCAUCUUGGCUUGAUGUUGGAAGUGCGUCUCGCUUGCGUCGCUGAAGUAGGAGAUUGGGUUUUGGUAAAAAGGGGCGAUAAGGCUGCUGCCCCGGCUUCCCCCGGACACCAAUCAAUCCCAGAAAGAUCACCAAGGAAUGUCCCGGUCAUAGUGACUGACUGCCUUAUCGGUGGUCGUGUGGUCCCAUUCUGUCUUCAGUAACACACGCCUAGCCUGACAACGAAUCCCUAGCGAGGCACAAUGACUACAUAUACGGACCCGUUCUCGCAACAUGGAAGCACGCGAUCAGUCGAACACUUUUGACCUACACCUCAAUCGCACAGCUUUCCCAAAUCACCCAACAUGGGAGUCAAGGAGAUUUUUACACAGUCAACGCUGGCCAAAUAUGGCAAAGCCAUCAGCGCCACCCCUCGCGAGGUCAUCUUCAAUCACAACCUAAUACUCUCGGCUGCUCUUUAUGCUAUGGCCGGUAUUCCACUCUGCUGGGAUCAAGGGUCGACUUCUACAAUUCCCUCUUUACCUGGAUUUCAGCACUUUUUCGGCCUCACUUCGAGCGCAAAGGAGAUCAAAAACUUUGUAUCUCUUGUUUAUAUUGGCUGCGGCGUGGGCGCGGGAUUGAGCUUCUUCAUCAACGACAAGAUUGGACGACUAUGGUCACUUCGUCUAUAUAUGGCCAUCUGGAUCCUUGGUCAGCUCAUCGCGACAGCCGCUCCGAACCUGGCGUGUCUCUAUGCUUCUCGAAUCAUCUCGGGCUUUGGCAUCGGUCCUCUGACAGUCAUUGGACCAGUGGCUCUUGCAGAGAUCGCUCCAACGGAGAUUCGUGGACUGAUUACUGCCUGGUUCACCAUUGUCCUCCUCAUGGCAUUGUUUGUCGCAGCUUUCACAGUCUUUGGCGCCUACACCAACAUGGCAGCUACAAGGCUACAGUAUCAGGUUGUCUGGUUCUCCCCUUGCAUUUUCUUGUGUUUCUGUAUCGCGGGCAGCUUCUUCGUCUGCGAAUCACCCAGGUGGCUAUUCCUCCGCAGGCGUCACGACGAGGGAAUUAAGAUGCUCACCAAGCUUCGAGGCCUACCUGCCGACCAUCCUCGGGUAGCGAUCGAGAUCCGAGACAUCGAAGAGUCUAUCUCGCAUGAAAUGGCAGAUUUUGAACCAGGCCCAGGUGGUCAUAAGCCUUUCGCUCGUUUGACUGGACUGCUGAGAGAGACCUUCCUGGUUCCGGCCAAUCUGCGACGUGUUCAACAAGCAAUGGUUUCCUAUGCGCUUGCUCAACUUUCAGGAGCCAACGCCGUCACGUCUUACUUUAUACCUAUUCUCAAGAUCAUCGGCAUUGCCUCCAGCAAGAACGCCUCACACAGCUUGUUUUUGAGCUGCAUGUACAGUAUGGCGAAGUUCUUCUUCACCGUAAUUGCAUCCUUCUUCUUCAUCGAUGCAUUGGGCCGACGCAAGUCACUAUUUGUCGGUAUUAUCAUACAAAUGUGCUCUGAUAUAUACAUUGGUGUAUAUAUCAAAUACAACCAAGCGGGUCAUGUCAGCAAUGCUGCGUCGCAAGCAGCCAUUGCAGCCAUUUUCCUUCAUGGUUUUGGAUACGCAGUUGGGCUCUUGAUCCUCCCAUACGUUUUUGGAGGGGAAAUCUGGCCAAAUCGAAUCCGAUCUUUUGGUGCUGCUAUUACUCAAUGUUUCCACUGGCUGUUUUAUUAUGGUGUCAGCGCUGGGUUUCCCUCGAUCUUAUCAUCAAUGGACAAUUGGGGAGCUUUCCUCUUCUUCGCAGGAUGGUGCUUUAUUGCACUGAUCUAUGUCUUCCUUAUGGUGCCGGAAAUCAGCGGUUUGAGCGUGGAAGAGAUUGACGACCUUUUUAAAGGACCAUGGUUCAACGCCUACCGGCGGUCUAAGACGCCGACAAUAAUCGCAAGCAGUGACUGUGAAGACAGUAUUGUCGAGCAAUCCAUGUGAGCGACCUGCUGCCCUCUUUCUGAUUCCUGAGACUGACAUAUUUCUGGUCAGGACAAAGCAUACUGACAACGGCAAGGAUGUGACGGAAGUCAAGGCCUGAAAAUCUCUCAAUGAUCAAGAAAGACAUAGGGAGAGCCAUUGUAUUUAAUCGGCGGACCUCUCCGGUCUCCUGAAGUGUGGAAAACAUUGACCUCUCAAGCGGGGUGUGGCUCGGAUUGUGGAUGUGUGGCGUGUCUUUCAUUGUAUUCCUUCGCAUCAUGUAUAUACUGAGUUCACUACAUGACAGACAAAACAAGACGAUCAUCUAUGCAACCAAUGUUUGACGUGGCAC